GGCUUUUGGUAUGUGGUGGGCAGUGUGCCUCUGCUGUCAGAGGUGCUGAUGCUGGUGUUGGACAGGCUGCACCAGUGUUCUCUGCUCUUCAUCCUGCUACUGGACAUAAUAAUAAUAGCAGCUGCAUUCGCUUGCGCUGCUAUUUUAGUGCCGCACGAGGUGGACAUGGUGGUGGAAACGCGCCACUGCGUCGACUUCACCUCUGCAGAGGGGGGCGAGGCCUGGUUCCAGUCGUGGAUGGUCGACCAGAGUGACGUUGUCUGCACUCGCGUGGAACCGAACGCCGAAGAAGCAGCCAACCGCGUCUUCUUCAGGAACGUGUUCAUUAGCGGCAAACUGCACGAGUCGUUCCAGAUGCCGGUGCGUCGGAACCGCACCCUCGUCCGCUUCAACCGCGGUCGGCGCUACCUCAAGGGCUACAUCACCAUCACCCUGGACAUGCCGGCUGACGCUAAGCGACAGGAGGGAGCCGUGAUCAACAUGCGGCUGGGCGGUCGGGACGGCGGAGAGAACACCGUCUGGGAGGAGCUGGGCCGCGCUGAGCAGCCGCUCAACGUGCACACUUGCGAGUCACGCCCCGGCCAGCCGCCGGACAACACAACCGCCUCGCCGCCGGACAACAGCACGGCCCCGGCCACGGAGCGGUGCGUGGUGAACCAGCGGCUGUUCCAGACGCCCUCGCUGGACCGCCAGUUCUACCUGCUGAACACGCGCGUGCAGCACAUGACGCAGCCGCCGCUCUCCAUGGCGCUGGUGGUGGUGACCCAGACCCGGCUCUUCACGCUGGUGUGCCUCAACAUCCAGGCCUGCUUCAUGGGCCUGCUGCUGCUCAUGCUGCUGGUGUUCGGCGUGCGCGUGCAGCGCGUCUAUCGGACGGUGCCCACCGGUCACAAGCUGCUGGCGGUGCUGGCCGUCGCGCUGCUGAUCUGGGACAUUCCGGUGGGCUACGCGGCGCUCGACUACGACAUGCCCUGGCUGGGCCUGCUGGAUGACAUACGCAUGGACGUGUUCUACCUGGUCUUCCUCUCAUUCUGCCUCAUCUUCGUGUGGGAGCAGGGCUUCAUUAAGGGCGCGACGCGCCGGCUGGCCAGCUACUGGCGCUCGCAGCUGCUGCUGCUGUUGGGCUGGCUGCUGCUGCUGGUGCUGGACGUGUACCAGCAGACGCGCCAGAUGGGCGACGUGUUCAGCCCCCGGCCCGACUGGCUGCGGUACUGCUUGGCGGCGCUGCUGGUGGCCAACGCGCUGUACGUGGUGCUGGCGUGCGUGGCGGCGGGCGCGAGCUGGCGUCGCGGCUGGAAGAGCGCCGCGCUGCCGUGUCGGUACCGCGCCGCCAUGCUGCUGACCUGCCUGACGCUGGCCGCCGCCUGCGUGGAGCACGCCGAGAGACGGGAGGCGGACAACUCGUGGUUCUGGAGCUGGACGGAGAUUCGACCGACGGGUGGCCACCUGUUCUACAUCGGUAUGCUGGUCUGGAGCAACAUGUACGUGCUGACGCUGCUGAUUCUGUACACGCCCACCCGGCCGCUGGUGGAGCUCACCAAGACCGUCUACGAAGACGAGCAGAAGGUGCCUCUGAACGGCAGCGGCGACGCAUGCGCGCUGGAGCCCAUCACGCGCCGGGAGGCGGCGACCGGCGGCGACGACGCCCGGCAGCCCAUGAUCGCCGAGCCCUGAACCGCAAGUGGCGCCACCACGCUUCGCUUCGCAGAGCUUUUGGCAGCGGCGAUCUGAUCUCGGACGUUGCUGGCGUGAGGUCGCCCGGCCGUGCAUGGAAGCGGAGUGAGAGCGGAGGUGGCGCGGGCGGCAAUCUUCGGGACAGGAGGCUUCACACGUGCCGAAAUUGUGCGCGCACUGUUACUGUUUUGUUCGAUGCGCUUUACAAGCAGGUUUGGUUAAAGCGAAGAGGUGCAUGAAUCGCAUCACCGCGGCCGCACCCGAUAGCCAAGCAUUGGUUUUGCGGCAAGGAUUUGGUGUGGCGUGUGACGGAUGACACUGGUAGGUUGAGUCACGUCACGUAGUGGUCGUGUCACGCUCCGUUUCCUUUUGUUUGCCUGGUUUGCAAGCCAAGUGCACUGGGAUGGAGUUUGGCUAGUGCUUUCGCUUUCAUAAUGCGGGCGGCUAUUAGGGGAUGUGAUCUAUGUUGGUGUGAGGUGACUGUCUUGUAGUGUCACGAGUCGGCGGCCCCGCUUGUCCACCUCUGUCAUCUCUCCAUGAUCUGUUCGGUUUGGGCGCACAGGCCAAUUUUGGUUGUCCGUAUGUGUAGUGGCGCAAGCGACAGCAUCGGCAUAAUACUCCCGGGUCUUUCGCGACCGGAGAGCCCAGCUCUGGCCCGCGCCGCGUGCGCUGUGAGUUCUGCUCGAGACGCGAACAGCUGGCGGCUGAUGGCUGCCUCUGGCCGCUCGCGCCGCGCUCACCACCGACCGGUCGGCUCGCUUUCUCCGCACUUCCACACUGGCGUCGGGUGCUCGCUGACCUCUCGUUUGUCACGCACGUGCUUUCAUUUGGGGCUUCAGACUGGAUGUUUGGGUAGGAGGCUUGCACAGUAGACGUAGCUGCUGUGUCGGGUGCCGGCGGUUCGCGUCGCUUCGACAUUGUACCUGGAUGUACCUGCUGAACCAAACCAUGGGCGGUAGUGGCUCACCGCUUUUGCUAAUAUUUUUUACCGAAGUGUGUGUGUGUGUUAAUCCGUUUUCUAUGCUUUGACUUGCUUUUGCGACGUGCCUUCUGUAUUUUUACCAUAUUUGGCGUUGGUGAACGGAAUGUUUUGUGUUUAUUAACACCAAAAAUACAUCGCAAGAAUCUCCA